AGGUCCAAAUGUCAAGUACCAGGAACAGGAACCAUUUGCAUGCAACCAUGCCAUUAGCGCGUGUUCAUUGUGUUCGCGUACGACAGAUGAUGGGACGCAAACAUCAGCUGUGGCGGCGAGGGCAUUACUCUUCAUCUCAUGAACACUUCUCCACUUCAGACAACCAGGAUAUGAACCACCAAGCAAAGAUAAACAUGGAUGAAGCUUCUUUUUCCUCCUCUUCUUGGAUGUCAACAUCCUCAUCGAUGACUCGCCACAUCGACUCUAGCAGAAGUGGCUUUUGUUCAGUCGCAACCAAGGGAUCACUCCAUAGGCGCCGUCGAAAUAACUUUGGCUCUUCUGGACAAUACGACAAAGAUGACAUUGAUUGUUCACAGGUCAUAACAGCAUCACCAAUGGGGACUGCCUCAUCAGGUUCAAUCAACGAUUAUACUUAUAGUUCUUACCAGCAAUAUGGUGAAGAUACUUUCAGCGGCAAUGGCAAUAUUAUGUCUCCCAUUCUACCUGUGGCUAUAUCACCGAUCGAUGUAGACAGCAAUAUUGUCUCGUCAUUCACACCACUCUGCAGCACAUAUGAAAUGAUGGAAGAUACUCGUUACAGUCUAUCAUCACGAUUAUUUUCGCACACGGGCGCAAGAACUCAUAGUAGCAGUGGUGCAGGCUCUGGUGCAGGCGGAGGAAGCGAUGGCUCGGGGUCUGCUCCUGCAGACAUGAACCCAGGAGAAGGAGAUGCGGGAAAUGGAGACCAGCCAAGUGAUUAUACUUUCCGGCGUCGAAAUGCUAUUGUGGAAGGCUCAGAGGAUGCACCAAAGGCAGAAGAUUUCACCAGCUCUUCACCCAAAUGAUGAGUUUCACCAUCCUUUCAUCGGCUUUUUAUCGGCUUUUUAU